AUGCUCUUCCAAAAGUCCUCUCUCUGGCUCUCGAGCCUUUCGGCCACUGCCGUCGCUUCUAUCAUCGCCGGCGCCGCCGCCUUGGUUCUCGUUGCUGUUGCUCUCUCUGCAUAUUAUGCCACUCGCUUAUCACACAUCAGGAAGCGAUGGGCCGCCCCCCUUCCCCCAGGACCGCCCGGAGAGUUUCUCCUGGGACACUACCGCCUUGUGCCGGCCGAGGCUGCCUUCAAGAAGUACGCCGAGUGGGCUCAUGAGUACAAAUCCGACGUGCUCUUCUUCCAGGCCCUGGGCACAAAAUGGAUUGUGUUGAAUAGCCUCAAGUCGGCCGUCGAGCUGCUCGACCGCCGCGGCUCAGACUACGCUGACCGGCCUCGAUUUGUCAUGUUUGAGGAGAUGGGGUGGUCUCCAACUUUGACUUGGCUCCGCUGGGGCCCAAAGUCCCGUCUCCAUCGUAAAGUGCUGCAGCCGCCCUUCGCCAAGUCUAGGCUGGGCCAAUAUAAACCCCUGCAGAGAAAGGAAGCUCUUGUCUGCUGUAAAGCCAUGAUCGACCGACCUCCCAGCUGGGUGAGCUCGGUUCGCCAGUUUGCCGUGGCAAUUGUGCUGAACAUUGCGUAUGGCCUUGACGUCGACGGGCCCACAAGCCCUUGGGUCAGACUGGCCGAGGACACUUCUAAUGCCAUUGGAAAGGCUGGUGCGCCGUCAAGCUCUCUGAUGGACAGAAUCCCUGCCACUCGCUAUCUUCCUGAUUGGCUCCCCUUCAUGGAGAUGCUGAGAUAUGCCCACCUAUGGCGCUCUACCAUUGAAAGCAUCACUGCCCUUCCUUUUGAAGCCUCUCAGAAGGCAAUGGCUUCCAAACCAGACACUAGAAUCUUCACGCACAACAGGCUCGCCCUAUAUAACCAAAACGUGAAGCAUGGGAUGGCCAAUGAAUUCGAUCUCGAGGAUAUCAAAGGCGCGGCGGCCACGGUUUUGAUUGCAGGAAAUGACACGCGCAAAGCCCAAGAGGAAAUCGACCGCGUCGUCGGCGGCGACAGACUGCCGACCUUCGACGACAUCCCCAACCUGCCGUACCUCAACCUCAUCCUGCAGGAGACGUACCGCAUGAACCCGCUGUCGCCGCUCGGCAUCCCGCACGCCAGCACCGCCGACGACAUCUACGAGGACAUGUUCAUCCCCAAGGGGACCAUCGUGUACCAGAACAUCUGGGCCAUGCACCACGACGAGUCGGUCUACGCGGACCCGUUCCGCUUCUGGCCAGAGAGAUACCUGCCGAAGGAGGCCGGCGGAAAUGGCGAGCCGUUUCCGAUCGGAAACUUUGGGUUCGGCAGGCGGAUCUGCAUCGGCCGCGACCUGGCCGAGAACAGCCUGCUCAUCCUCCUCGCGACGAUGCUCGCAACGCUCGACAUUGAGUGGCCGCUGGGCCCCAGCGGGAAACCGACCAGCUUCGAGCCCGAGUGGUCGUUCAUGGGACAAGCGAUUGUUCUCCCUUUCAGAACCGUCAUCACGGCCCGCUCGGAGAAAGCAAAGCAGCUGCUUAAUUCCGAAGUGCGCGCCCUGGGAGAUGUUCCCACGUAUUAA